AUGGCAGUUGGGAUACUGGAGGUGAAGCUUGUGAGUGCAAAGGGGCUUGGAGACACGGAUUUAUUGAGUCGUAUGGAUCCUUAUGUUCUGAUUCAAUACAAAGGCCAAGAGCGCAAGAGCAGCGUGGCUAGAGGGCAAGGCAGCAGUCCGGUGUGGAACGAGAGAUUUACAUUCAGGGCAGAGUAUCCAGGGUCAGGGGAGCAGUACAAGGUCACCCUCAAAAUCAUGGAUAAAGACACCUUCACUGCUGAUGACUAUAUAGGAGAAGCAUCGAUAUAUGUUAAGGAUUUAUUGGCACUGGGUGUGGAGAAUGGAACUGCUCAACUUCAUCCUCUUAAAUAUAGUGUUGUUCGUGCAGAUCGUACUUAUCGUGGGGAGAUUCAAGUUGGUCUAACUUUCACUCCAAGGGCAGAACAGCAACAUGAGGGACAAGAGUUUGGAGGAUGGAAGCACAGUGAUGCAUAUCCAUAG